CUCCCCCAUCUUUCUUCCCUAUAAAAUGAGAACUCAAGCUCCACAAAAAUCCCACAUCUCCUCAAGAACCCAAAAAAAAAAAAGAAAAAGAAAAAUGGCAACAAUUAAAAUUCGACAAAGCCUUUCAGUUGUUGCUCUUGUUGUUGUUCUUGUUUUUCCAAGCGCCAUUUUUGGUUACUCAGAGAAAGAAAUAAAAUCAUGGUGCAGCCAAACGCCGUAUCCGGCGCCAUGCGAGCACUUUCUCCGAACCAAAGCCGCCACUUCAAACAAUUCUCCGAUCACCGAUAAAUCCCAUUUCCUCAAAAUCCUCGUCGAAACGGCGCUCUCCACUGCCGUUUCGGCCCACAAAGACGCCAUUUCCCUCGGGCCAAAGUGCCGCAACUCCCGCGAGAAAUCCGCUUGGGCCGACUGCGUUUACCUCUACGACCAAAUAAUCUCACGGCUCAACCGGACUGCCGACCGCUGCUCCCGGUCCGACGCCCAGACCUGGCUCAGCGCCGCCCUCACCGCCCUCGAGACCUGCCGCACCGGCUUCGACGAGCUCGGGGUUUCCGCCUCCGGCUAUCCCUUGACGGCGAAUAACGUCUCCAAGUUGAUCAGCGACGGGUUGUCGGUAAAUGGACCGCCGUCGCCGGACGGGUUCGGCCCGCCGAGCCGGGUCGAUGGGUUCCCGGUCUGGGUCAGCCCCGGGGACCGGAAGCUGCUGCAGUCCGGCUCGCCGGCGGGGAAUGCUGACGUGGUGGUGGCGAAGGAUGGGUCCGGGGACUUUCAGACGGUGGCGGCGGCGGUGGCGGCGGCGAAGGGUGGCGGGAGAUUUGUGAUAUAUGUGAAGGCGGGGGUUUAUAGUGAGAAUGUGGAGAUCAAGGCGAAGAAUGUUAUGUUGGUCGGCGACGGAAUCGGAAAAACUGUCAUCACCGGAAGCAGAAGUGUCGGCGGCGGCUCCACCACUUUUAGAUCAGCCACCGUUGCUGUCGAUGGAGACGGAUUCAUCGCCCGUGACAUUACCUUCAGAAACACCGCCGGAGCGAAGAACCACCAGGCGGUGGCGCUCCGGUCCGGCUCCGAUCUCUCCGUCUUCUACCGCUGCGGAUUCGAAGGCUUUCAGGACACUCUCUACGUCUACGCGGAGCGCCAAUUUUACAAGCAAUGCGACAUUUACGGCACCGUCGAUUUCAUCUUCGGAAACGCCGCCGUCGUGAUCCAAGAUUCCAACAUAAUCGCUCGCGAUCCUCCUAACAAGACCAUUACUCUCACCGCCCAAGGCCGGAGCGAUCCGAAUCAGAACACCGGAAUCUCGAUCCACAAUUGCAGAGUCACCUCCGCCGGCGGCCUCAGCGGCGUCAAGGCCUACCUAGGGCGGCCGUGGCGCCAGUACUCGCGCACCGUUUUCAUGAAAUCGAACAUCGGAGGAUUCAUAAAUCCGGCCGGAUGGAUGGAGUGGAGCGGUAAUUUUGCCCUAAAUACGCUCUAUUACGGCGAGUAUUCGAAUACCGGACCGGGAUCUUCGACGGCUAAUCGAGUGAAAUGGAAGGGUUACCAUGUGAUUACCAGCGCGGCGGAGGCUUCUAAAUUCACCGUCGGGAAUUUCAUUGCCGGCGGCUCGUGGUUGCCGAACACCGGCGUCCCCUUCACCUCCGGCCUCUGAAUCUCUGUCUCUGGUUAGUGCUGUAUCUAUUGUUUUGUUAAUCAUCGCUGAUUUGUUCUUCCUGAGAAAAAAACAAGAACGAAUUUCAUUCCAAUAAACUCGUCUCUCAUCAAGAAAUUAGAAUUUUCUUUUCCAUCUCUUCUACAAAAGGAAUCUAAAAAAUUGUUAGGCUUCAUAGGAGUAUUCAAUUUACAGUGUAAGUUAUUUUCUUCCUUUGGAAUGGUAUUGUUUGAAUUAUUAA